GGUAUAGCAGAAGCAGGGGUCGUCUUCUCCGACGUCGCUGUUGUGCGGCAAAGCAAAGCAAAGCCAAGCCAAGGGAAAGCAAAUGAAAGCAAAGCAACACUCGCAGUGAAGCUGGUAUCCAUAACCACCAUAGCCAUUUUAAAAACCUCGAACUGGUUUUUUGAAUUCACUCGCACGGGGAUCGUUGCGGGAAGAGGUUUUUGAAGGGAGAGGCGCCGGUGGAAGUAAGUAAAGGUUGGUGGAGUUGGUUCUUCUUCCUCUUCGUGUGUCGUCGCAAGCGGGUAGAGUGAAAACACAAAAAUAAGAACUGAAAACGAAAGAGGAAAGCCAGGGGAGGUAGGAGGAGAGAAGCUCAGCGAGUGGGAGUGGAUGACGGCGUGCUUGGGAAGCUUUGUGUGAAGGAGCAGCAAUGUGCUGAGGGUCGCAAGGAAGAGGGGCGGGUGGUGCGAGGGUUUGGAAGUGGUGGUGGUGGUGAAGAAGAAACGACUCUGGGUGUAGGGCGGGGGAGUCAGCUCAUCAGAGGUUUUAGGGUUGGUGGCACAGCAUGGCGGGCAUAGGAGGGCUUGUGGGAGGAAGUGCUCUCGAUGAUGAAUUGAAGCGGAGCAAUGUUGUCCGUCUGCGGGGACUUCCUUUUAGCGCCACUGAGUCGGACAUUGCUGAUUUUUUUAAAGGGUUGGAGAUGGGGCCAGAUGGGGUAGUUAUUUGUGUUAACUUUCAAGGUAGGUCUACCGGGCAAGCAUAUGUGCAGUUUGCGUCUGCAGAGCUUGCGAACAAGGCUCUCGAACGGAAUCGGCAACAUAUUGGCAGUCGGUACAUCGAAGUCUUCAAAGGCCAUCCAGCAGACAUGCAGGGAGCAUUGCGUAUGGUGGGCCGAGGAAGUGGGGUUGUGUCAGGGAGUGGUGCUGUUGCUAGCGGAGGCAUUCUCAACACGGGCAUUCCCGGUAUGUCUGGGAAUCCAGAUAUGCGCUACACUGGAGUGGUACGUAUGCGUGGCAUGCCUUACAGCUGUACAUCUGCAGACAUCACAGCUUUCUUCAAAGGGAUGCAGGUUGUAGCCGAUGGCAUCUUCCUUUGCACUCAUGCCGAUGGGCGCCCAACAGGAGAGGCAUUUGUUGAGUUUGUCAAUGAAGAAACGGCUGCACGAGCGAUGCAACUGCACAGAGAACCCAUGGGAUCGCGUUACGUAGAACUCUUUCGCAGUACGAAAGGAGAAAUGAUGACAGCUGUGCAGCAGCGAAUGUAUGGCAUGUUUUCUGGUGCUGGAGGAUUUUCUCAGUUUGGUGUUGGCCAGAUUCCGGGAAUGAUGGGAGCUUUUGGAGUUCAGGGUUUGACGGGAAUGAAUCUAGCCGCUGUGCAAGCCGCCGGUUUGGGAAGUAUGACCGUCCCUCAAGGUCUAUCUGAUACAUCCGAGCAUGUGUGUAUCAAAAUGCGAGGGCUUCCUUAUAACGCUGGUCAGAGGGAGAUAAUGGAUUUCUUUGAGGGAUAUAGCUUUUUGCCAAACGGAAUACAUAUUGUUAUGGGAGCUACAGAUCGUCCCACUGGUGAGGCAUUCGUGGAGUUCAUGUCUUCUGAUGAAGCUCAACGCGCAAUGGAGCGUCACCGACAAAAUAUUGGUUCACGUUAUAUAGAGUUGUUUAGAGCAACUAAAAGUGAAAUGUUGCUUGCGACAGGGGGAUUAUCAAGUUUCGGUAUGGGACAACCUAUGGAUCCAAGUGUUCAAUUACUGCUUUUACAGCAACAGCUUGGUUACCAAUCUGUGCAGGCAGCCGCUGGGGCUUUUGGGAUGACGGGGCUGAUGGGUGCUCAAGCGUCAACAGGCAGCUGGGUGGAUAUGCAGAAUGCUGCGGCAGCUGCUGCCAGCUUUUAUCAGCGCCAAGCUGCUGGCCUGACUGGUUCUCCUGCAUCUGUUUCAUCGUUUGAGCCAUCCUCAUCAGCCAAGAUUCGGGGACUCCCAUACAGAACGUCGACAUAGUAUGCCUGGAGCAAGUCGGUGAUGUGCAACUGAGAAUAUUUCAGAGUGAGGCAAAAUGAUUCAACAGGAAGUGUUCUUAGAGCACAUGGAGAGUAUCGUCGUUUAGAUCAUCUUUGCGAAGGUGCCGAAAUCAUACGGGUCGUUUCUUAGUGACCGAUGCAUGAAGGCAUUAGUCCCAUCGCAUAGUGAAUGCUUUGCGAUUUUUUUUGGUUGUGUAGGUUCAGGCUAAGGUAGGACUUUUCAAACAGUGCGACAAUCCCUGGUAUUGAUAGAGGUGCUGAAUGUAAGGUAUAAUUAUGUGGUUAUUGCUUAUCAGUGCAAUGUUUCCACGGUCGACCAGUUCAUCAAUAGUCGUUUUAGCCGCUGCAUUUGCAGAUCAUUAUCGCUAUUAGAGUUUACUGCUACCUUGGGAUGCCAAGCUUUUGUAGCCAAAGUUUUAUCUGGUCGGAGCUUAGAGCUUCUGGGAUUUGAUAGUCACGAAGUUUGAACUGUUCAUGUGUAAAUUCACUUGAACUUAUUUGAGAUCCUCAAUUCAUCUUUUUAGGAUACUACCGGACAAAUUAUUAUCAUUGACGUUUCUGGAUGAACAGAGUCUGCAUUUUUACUUGUGA